AUGAAUCAAGAGCCUGUGAAAAUGGCAUCCGGAAUGAUGAGAAAAACUCUCUUAACACGAUUACCGAGUUCGAGAAACUAUGCCACUUCAUCAAAUGAGAGACCGCAACCGGAUGCGUUACUAAGAAAUAUUACUUCAUACAUACACAGGACCUCGAUAAACUCUCCGACUGCUUUCCAUACAGCGAAGCUUUGCUUUCUAGACACAUUAGGAUGUGGAUUAGCUGCUUUGAAGUAUGACCAGGCCUGCAAGAUUAUCAAACCGAUUGUUCCCGGAAUGAUUAUUCCUAAUGGUACGAAGAUCUUAGGCACAAAUUUGCAAUUAGACCCUGUCAAAGGUGCGUUUGCAAUUGGAACAUUAAUCCGUUGGCUAGACUUUAACGACUGUUGGCUGGCAGCGGAGUGGGGACAUCCGUCCGAUAAUCUGGGCGGUAUUUUAGCUGUUGCUGACUAUUUGUCAAGAUUGGCAAGGGCAACGAAGGGACAGGAAGGUAACAUUUUUCUUGUGAAAGACGUAUUGGAAGGCAUGAUUAAAGCUCAUGAAAUUCAGGGCAUUAUCGCUCUCGAAAACUCCUUCAAUAAAGUAGGUUUGGAUCACGUUGUACUCGUUAAGGUUGCGACCACAGCUGUCGUAUCCAAGAUGCUUGAUCUGAGCGAAGAUCAAACUAUCGAUGCGAUCUCUCAAGCCUUUGUUGAUGGUCAAUCUCUCAGGACAUACAGACAUGCGCCUAACACGGGUUCAAGGAAAUCGUGGGCUGCAGGAGAUGCUGCAUCUAGAGCGGUUAAUAUCGCUUAUCUAGUGAAGAAUGCAGACGUCGGUGGCAUACCCUCAGUACUCACAGCUAAAACGUGGGGGUUCUAUGAUGUACUAUUCAAGGGACAGCCUUUCACCUUUAAUCAAAGAAAGCAGCUUGGUUCGUACGUUAUGGAAAACAUUCUCUUCAAAAUCUCAUUCCCGGCAGAAUUUCACGCCCAGACCGCCGUUGAGGCCGCCAUGGAAGCUCACAAGGUGCUGAAGGAAAUGGGGAAGUCUUAUGAGGACAUCAAAUUGGUUAGAAUAAGGACGCAAGAAGCUGCUAUGAGAAUCAUCGAUAAAAGUGGCCCGCUGUACAACUAUGCCGAUAGGGACCAUUGUAUUCAGUAUAUGAUAGCUAUACCUCUCAUAUUCGGCCGUCUAAAUGCCGAUGACUACACUGAUGAAGUAGCAAGAAAUGCAGCUAUUGAUGCGCUGAGAGAUAAAAUGUACUGCCAGAGAGAUGAACAGUUUACUAUUGAUUACCAUGACCCUCAAAAGAGGUCUAUCGGAAACGCACUGCUAAUCGAACUCAAUGAUGGAACUGUACUCGAUGAAUUCGUUGUGGAAUAUCCGGUUGGGCACAGGUUCCGUCGGGCAGAAGGUGUGCCGCUUUUGAUGGACAAGUUCCAGAAGCACGUAGAAGGGCAUUUUGAGGAAUCCCCGGAAAAGGCCCAAAAGAUCUUACGGAUCAGCAAAAAUCCAGAGUUUCUAGAGAUGCCAAUUGAUGAGUACAUGGAUUUAUUUCAUAUUACGUAG